UUAUCACUGAAAUUGGCACCAGUUCUGGAGGCACAUGAAUGAGUGAAGAGUGAAUUCACACUUUAGAGAGCAGUGAAGACGGUCUUGCCAUGAAACCAUUCACAGAUGAAGAUGUAGAAAUCUACAUCCAGAGUAAGGUGGAACCGCGACAUUAUCAGGUUUCCAAAGCAGUGGAGGAGGUGCAGAAAAUCAUCCAGCAACUGACUGCAGAAAUCAGCUAUAAGGCCACGCGAUUCCAGGCUAUCUCCAACUCUGGCAUUCACAAUGAGAAUAUUAAGGAUCAGCCAGCUUUAUUGGCCAAGUGGUCAGCUAUGCUUCAGGGGAAGCGCCCAUUCCACCCAUCUAUCCAGGUCUUAGCACCCAGCCAAUUCCUCAUCACAGUCCCUCUGCGUGGCCUGGCUGGGUACAGGGAACGCCAGGUACGGCACUGGCGUUAUUACACCGUGCAUGGAGCCAAGCUCCUCUCCUCCGUGCGGGACCCUGAGGAAUUGCAUCAAUGGCUAGAGGUGGAGCAGUUCUCAAAAAGCCUUCAGCAGUGGCACGAAACGGAUGUGAACAUCGAAGGCGAUCUUGUUCCAGCCAAGGUCCUUAUUGUCUUCCGGGAGCUGGUGGAGAAGUCGAUUGUCUCCUGUAACCUCUCCAGUAAAGUGACAGUGCUAGAGAGCUUCAGCUCAGUGGUCCGAGUGGCUGUGGAGACAUCAGAAUCCCAGGUUGAGGUGGAGCUGGUCCCUGCUGUGGAAAUUCCGACAUGCUGGCCUGAGAAAGCCCGGUGGCCUCGUUGCCUGAAGCGUUGGCCUUGCCAGGAAAUAGUGCAGCGCAUGAAGCUGCUUGGUUUUGACCUUUUGGCCCGGUCCAGUUAUCACUGGCAGCUGUGCUUCUCCCGUGCUGAGCAUAUACUCAUGGAAGGGCUUGAUGAAGAUGGUGGUUGUCGCUUGAAAUGCUUCAGGGUCAUGAGGCAGAUGAAGGAAGAUGUCUGGUGUGCUGGAAAUAAGCCUGUCAUCACAGCCUAUCAUCUUCAGACAGUGCUAUUCUGGACGUGUGAAAAAUACCCACGCACCAAGGAUUGGCGCUGCUUCCCUGAAGCCUUUCUGAGGCUGGUGCAGAAGCUGCACAAGUGUGUAAGCCAGCAUUUCCUCAAGCAUUACUUUGUCAAGAACACCAAUCUGCUCAAAUAUGCCAACACCAGUGACCUGGACUUGGUGGCCAGCAAGCUUGCAGUCUUCUUGGAGAACCCUGUCUUCUGCCUGGACUAAGGCAGGAGAAAGCCUCAGUACCCCAACCCUGAGCCAAUCCCUCACCUCCUCUCCCGACCUGUGGCUGUUCUUCAUGUCCUUCCAGUAGAUGUUGCAGCUGGCUUUGUAAGACAGUUGGCACAUGCAGCGUGAAAAAGAAGUGUCAAGCUGGCAGCAGCGGGUGGUGAAAACUGAUGGGAGGUAUCGCUUGAUGCCCAGCUGAUCUAAUUUGCUUUUGACAGUGACAGCCUGCCUGGAAGCUACAGCCAGUGAAACCCAACUUUCUGUGUCAGUCAGAACAGGCAACUGCCUUAUUCUCUGUCUCUAGUCUUGCAACAUCUAAGCAGAAAGAUGGUGCAGAGAAGUCUCGCUCUGCUGCCUACCUGCUGUGUAACCUAACACAUAUUGCUGCUGCCUCCCCCCUUCUCACAAGGACAACAUCUUUAAUUCCCUGUUUACCUCACAGGCCAGCUCUGCAGAAGAGCAAAGGAAUAUUUGCAAAGCGUACUGAAGCUCUCUCAGAGGCACUUCUAUGCCUCCAUCUCCAAUUAAACAGGAUCCUGUUCCAGUACGAAGAUAACCAUGCCGCUAGUGUUGAAUAGCUCAAGGGAAGGAAGAGGAGGAAUGUUGGUUUUUGCUGCCUCCUCAUUUUUUUCUCCCUCACUUACAUUUUUCCUCCCAGUUACUUCAAAUAUGUUUUCUUCAUGUUUGCCUUUGCCAUUUGUGCUAGUGCCAUACAACCAGGGGGCUUUGCCAGAGCAGACCUUGCUCCCACCCCUGGGUCCAUCCAGCAGGCUGGAGGAGGAGCAGGUCUUUCCCUCACUGUUAGCACACGUGUAUUUGGGUGGUGUACAGGAGAAUAUUCUUCAAAAGCUGUUAGCUUCAAACCCCCCAGUGCUUUUAAUAUUAUGGAUGUUUAAAAAGAAAAUCAGUUUUAAUGCUUCAUAAGAACAGAGUUCUAUGAUGAGU